AAACCUCGAAUUUCUAUCCAACCGCUUUCGUCAAAUCCCUUCUCUGAUUCUGCUGCAAUUUCUCUAAGAUCGCUCUGUCAAUUCGUGGCGAAGAAACUUGUUGGAAGUGAAAUCAUGAAGUUCUUAGAGUACACUCCGCUUGAACGGAUAAAUGGUUUUCUGCACCAUUUGAAUCUUGGAGAGUGCACCAUCAAAGGGUCCCUUGAGGCCUACUCUUGCAAGCACGCUGGAUCUGACAAAAAGCUUUCUCUCAGUUUGGAGAAUGAGAUCCUUGAUUAUCUUGGGAAGUCUUCAGAUACAGAUUCGUUAUCGCCUGCUGAAUACCUUUUGAGCAGAUCCAGGUGUGCCAUGAAAGCUCAUCAGUUCUUCACAGAGGAAACUUGGGAGACUUUUAAGCAGAUUUUUGAUAACUACAUGAUUGGAGCAUCAAAGGAAUGGGUGGAGGAAAAUGGGGACACUUCCUUGCUAGAAGCAUUAUACAGAGCUCUAGACGAGGUUGUAAAUCUACCUGAGUGUGAAAUCUACAGUUAUGACCCAGACUCUGAUGCAGACCCGUUUCUAGAGAAGGGUGCAAUCUGGUCUUUCAGCUUCUUCUUCUACAAUAGAAAGCUAAAGCGGGUUGUGACCUUCUGUUUCUGCUGUGUAAGUAACUUGAUGGGCAUAGAUAACUUAAGUAACGAGGAAGAUGGAGAAAUAUUUGAUGACAUGGAUAUGUGAAGUUCCAGUUAGCUGUGGAUAAGGCUGUGGUUAUGCUGCAAAUACCCUUCUGACACCCUGUUUCAUCUGUAGUUCACCCGUUCGGUAGUUCCAUGCUCAUGGCACCACCGUGAUAGGAUAUCACUCAACUCGUUUUUUUUUUCUUUCACAGUCCGCUUGAUGGCUGUUGUGCUGUACUGAAGAAAGGAGGAUGAUGUCAUGUCUAUACAAUUGUGUGUCAGCAUGUCAUCCUAGCUUAUUGUUCGGUAAAUAAGUGAGUGUUAGCUUUAGCCUUAAGUCUUCUAUUUGUCUUUGCAAGAAAUGGUAAUUAGCUGUUUGUAAUGUGUGUAUUAUAAUUAUGGAUGGAAUGCAAGUGUUGGGAUAUGCAUGUCCUAGUGGUGUUGUGUAGUUUUGCUGACAAAGGAGAAAGAUUAA